AAAAAACAAUUAAGACGAUUCAACAAGAGGAAAGUCUGACUGUAGCCUUGUCUGCUAUUGUAAUAAAGAACAUUAUAUCUUUAUUAUAAACUGUUAAACUACAGAAACCAGCUUUAAGUGUGAAACCACCGACUCGGCUCUCUGUACUUCUUCUUCUCGUGUCGACGUAAACCUCGACAGAAUCAGGAAGUCCGGGGAGUUUUUUUUUUUUUUUUGUUUGUUUCAGACAGAAAAAAACUUGAAUGGACAGUGGAUACGGCACCUUCUGACGACAAAUAAUGGAGAGCCACACCUGUUAACGCUCACGGUUAAUUUAUUAAUGUCGUUUAUUUCACUAUUACUACCUUACUAACUUAUUUUAGUCGUCGUUCGUUACCCGGAACACCUGGAUUUUCACUUGGCGGGUGAGAGGGAUGGAUGUUCCUCAUCUCACUGAAGAUGAAAUGGCAGAGAUUAAAAAAGACGUGCUGACCAGACUGCGGCACUACCUCUGUGAUAAGAUCAGAGCCGAACGCCACCUCGACUACCUGCGCUCUCGCAGGAUCCUCACACGAGAUGACGCGGAGGAAAUCAGCUGCAGGUCCACGCAGACCAAGAGGACAGCCAUGUUGUUGGACAUACUGGCCGAGAAUCCCCGGGGCCUGGAUGCCUUGACUGACUCCAUAAGAGAGAUGCGCUCGCAAAACUUCAUCAUCACCAAGAUCACGGAUGAGGUGCAGAAGGCCAAAAACGAGAAGCUCGAGUCCCUCAGAGGGGCUUCCAGUUCCUCAUCUGACAGCAACCUCAGCUCUCCCAGCACAACUAGCGACCUCCCCUCAACGUUUUCAAACAACUCCACCCUCCUCUUCCACCCAGACGGAGAGCGAAGCCCCUCCACUUCGAAUGUCGUAGGCUCACUCAGUCUGUCCUCAUUACAGAAAGGUGCAGACUUGCCCUCUGGGGCUAGUGCUAGCAUUGGUGUAGCAUCCUCCACGACCUCCUCCAGCCUCCCGAGGCCCGGAGACCCAGGUGCUCCUCCGCUGCCGGAUGAGGUAAUGGUUGAAUCCCCCUCCAACAUAGACGGCGGAGCGCCGGGGUGCACCAGCAGCGGAGGGGACCCGAACUUCCAGCCGCUCCGGUCACGCUCCCUCACUCCAACGUCACACAGGAGCAUCUUUUAAUGCCACUUCUCAAUAAGACAGUGCUCAUGCAGUUAAAAGGGACGGACCAGCAGAUUCCUCCUAUACGAACAUUGUUAUUAUUAUAUACUCUCAUUGUUGUCUCGCACUCUUUUUGGUGUCGCUCUUGCCUUUGAUUAGGCGGUCAGAGAGAAAUUGAUAUACAUGGGAUAUACUACUACUAUAACAAUCAGCUGUUUACAAGAGAAAAUAGGGACAGUUUGUUACUUGGGCUUGGGGUGUAAGGUUUUAAAUACUGGUGCCAAUUAAACAUAAUGCCAACACAAUACCUGAAUUUUGUCUGCAAAACCCCCUUUUUUUAUUAAAUAGAAGAACCCACAUGUCUCAGAUGUUGAAUAUAAGCAGCUGUACAAUAACUUCCUAUAUAAAAACCAGUUUAAAAGUAGCAAGAAUUAUGAUAUGAAUCAGAAACUGUCUAAUCAGUAUUUAAGUAAAGAAGUAUGCAAAUUUGAGCAAGCGUUCGAUGCCAGCUUUCGGUACAGUUUUCCGCACAUGCUUCAAACACAUUUCGGUGCAUUGGGGUUUGAUACCCAUGUUGUGAGCUGGGAAAAUCUGACUCAUGCACUCCUACCUUGCUCUUCUUUCAUCUAACAUGUGAUUUCCUGAAAAACCAUAAAGCAGCUACAGUUUAGGUGCACUGAGAACGUUUUAUACACUGGAAUGACUACUUGAGCCUAUAGUGUGUGUGUGUGUGUGUGUGUGUGUGUGUGUGUGUGUGUGUGUGUGUGUGUGUGUGUGUGUGUGUGAAGUCUGAUCUCAUAAGAUGCUGCCUGUGACCUGCGGGAUGUAUCGCCAAAAAAUAAUGAUUUCCGGUUUAAUUCUAUGCAGCAUUAAGUCAACAAGAAGUUGCUUUACAUUUUCGUCACUACACAAGUCUUGAAUCACAACUUAUUGGGAAAUACAAACAAUGUCCUGCUUGUUACUUCGUUCUCUGGUCAUGUACAAUCAUCUGUUGCAUACUAAAGGUUUUCUGUAUGAAUUCAA